AUGGGAGAUGGUUACUCUGAGAAGGAUAGAUGGGAGAUGGGUUACUCUGACAAGGAUAGAUGGGAGAUGGGUUACUCUUACAAGGAUAGAUGGGAGAUGGGUUACUCUGACAAGGAUAGAUGGGAGAUGGGUUACUCUGACAAGGAUAGAUGGGAGAUGGGUUACUCUGACAAGGAUAGAUGGGAGAUGGGUUACUCUAACAAGGAUAGAUGGGAGAUGGGUUACUCUAACAAGGAUAGAUGGGAGAUGGGCUACUCUAACAAGGAUAGAUGGGAGAUGGGUUACUCUGACAAGGAUAGAUGGGAGAUGGGUUACUCUGACAAGGAUUGA